CUUGAAUUUUGAAUUUUCCCUGCCCUCCUCCCCAAGUUGUUGCAUCACUUGUCUGGGAGAUGCCUGAAUGGGCUGGUAAGCUGGGGCACCCUAAAUAGUCUGAGACCCUGGACUGGAGGGGACACAAGAGGAGGAAGGACAUGGAUCACUGUUUUCUUUCUUGAAGCUACUGUUACCACCCUUGGAAAAGUUCUUCAGGAAUAAGUGACAGUACGAAUGACAAGGGAUUAGGACUGGCUUCCUCUUAUAAAUAAUAAAAUCCAAAAAGAAGUGACUUGAGUCUCCAGGUUUAAAGAAGAGCAACUAGAAGACGUCCAAACACCUGCAUCUCAUAAGAAGAAAAGUCCACCUGGAUCUUGUUUCUGGACUGAGAUGGAUGGAGAGGCCACACUGAAGCUCAGAGAACAAAAGGUUGCCAACAGGAGGGCAGGAUGGAAAAUGCCUUUCUUCCUCAUACUGUGCCUGCUACAAGGUUCUUCUUUCGCCCUUCCACAAAAAAGACCCCAUCCGAGCUGGCUGUGGGAGGGCUCUCUCCCCUCCAGGACCCAUCUCCGGACCAUGGGAACACUCAGGCCUUCGUCAUCCCUCUGCUGGAGGGAGGAGAGCUCCUUUGCAGCUCCAAAUGCAUUGAAGGGCUCAAGGCUGGUGUCUGGGGAGCCUGGAGGAGCUGUCACCAUCCGCUGCCAUUAUGCCCCCUCAUCUGUCAACAGGCACCAAAGGAAGUACUGGUGCCGUCUGGGGCCCCCAAGAUGGAUCUGCCAGACCAUUGUGUCCACCAGCCACUACACUCACCAUCGCUAUCGUGACCGUGUGGCCCUCACAGACUUUCCACAGAGAGGCCUGUUUGUGGUGAGGCUGUCCCAACUGUCCCCAGAUGACAUCGGAUGCUACCUCUGCGGCAUUGGAAGUGAAAAUGCCAUGCUGUUCUUAAGCAUGAAUCUGACCAUCUCUGCAGGUCCCUUCAGCACCCUCCCCACAGCCACUCCAGCUGUUGGGGAGCUCACCAUGCGAUCCUAUGGAACAGCAUUUCCGGUGGCCAAUAGAUGGAUCCCAGGAACCACCCAGACCUCAGGACAGGGGACAGCAUGGGACACAGUUGCUUCAACUCCAGGAACCAGCAUGACCACAGCUUCAGCUGAGGGAAGCCAAACCCCAGGAGCAACGAGGCUAGCAGCUCCAGGGACAGGCAGCUGGGCGGAGGGUUCCGUCAAAGUACCAGCUCCCAUUCCAGAGAGUCCAGCUGCAAAAAGCAGAAGCAUGUCCGAUACAACAGAAGGUGUUUGGGGGGGCACCAGAAGCUCAGUGACAAACGGGGUGAGAGCCAGCAAGGACAGGAGGGAGAUGACAACUACCAAGGCUGAUAGGCCAAAGGAGGACACAGAGGGGGUCAGGAUCACUCUUGAUGUGGCCAAAAAUGUCCUAGGAACCAUUAGGCCACCAGCUCUGGUCUCAGAAACUCUGGCCUGGGAAAUCCUCCCACAAGCAACGCCAGUUUCUAAGCAACAAUCUCUGGGCUACUUUGGAGAAACAACUCCAGCUGUAGGCUUGUGGACCUUGGGAACUCCAGCUGCAGGUGUGUGGACCAGCAUAGAGGCAGCAUCUGGGGAAGGAAGUGCUGCAGGGGACCUAGAUGCUGCCACUGGAGACAGAGGUCCCCAAGCAACGCUGAGCCAGGCCCCAGCAGUAGGACCCUGGAGGCCCCCUGGCAAGGAGUCCUCUGUGAAGAGUGCUUUUCCAGAAGAGGAGAGCAGCUCUCGGACCCUGGCUCCUGUCUCUACCAUGCUGGCCCUGUUUAUGCUUAUGGCUCUGGUUCUAUUGCAAAGGAAGCUCCGGAGAAGGAGGAUCUCUCAGGAGGCAGAAAGGGUCACCCUAAUUCAGAUGACACAUUUUCUGGAAGUGAACCUCCAACCAGACCAGCUGCCCCAUGUGGAAAGAAAGAUGCUCCAGGAUGACUCUCUUCCUGCUGAGGCCAGCCUGACUGCCCCAGAGAGGAAUCCAGGACCCUGAGGGACAGAAAGAUGAACUGUUCAGUUACCAUGGGAGGAGGACCAAGAUCAAAGGCCUCCAGGACCCCAGCCUCUUUCCAUCAUCCUUCCUCCACCUGUGGGAAGAGAAGCUGAUGAAGCCGGGGCUCCACCCACGGAAGAAAGGCUGGCUGUCCUUGGGCCCAAGAAAGUCAAGCAUUAUCCACGUCCGAAGGUUACAAGAUGACUCAAAGGAGACUUCAAGAAAGUUGUAUGAAACACUGGAAGAGGUCACCUAGGAAAAGUGUGAAAUUUCCAUUCCUGAAUGUUUGAAAAUAGAAGAGGCUUCCAAUAAGUGUGGAAAGUGACAAAUCCUCUAUCAUCACUCCCAGCCCUUGCUGGGGGCCUCUUUUCUGACUAUUGUUAGCACUCAGCCUCCCACUCACAUUUAAUUAUAUUUAAGUGUACCAGC